AUGCCAGAUCUUACUUACUAUGACUUCAGCCAGUCGACGAAUCAUUUGCUCAACGUGAGCUUAAAGCGAGACCUUGCAGCGAUGUUGGAUGUCGCCGAAGCUGAGGGUCACCUGGAAUUGACCAAAGUGUUGCCAGGGCCAUGGGUGGAGGCACACAGUACAUUGGACAAGGCCAGGUUGCUGCAAGAGGUCCAGAUUGCAUAUGCGCGUGGAAGCAACGUGCAGCAGAUUGCAGCAUGGCAGCAGAGGUUUGGCAAGCGCGGCCUCAGCAGCAACUUGGCAGUGCCACAGGUGGUUAGCUUCGGCUGGGGCAGCAAAUUAGUCACGAAAGUUGACACACGUAUUGUUGUGGCCGACCCAGAUGAUGCGGCGAGGCUCUCCAGGAUACAUGUCCAGAAAGAUGGAUUCUUCGAAGGUGGGCUGCUCACAAGUGUCAUUUCAACAACAGACAACGAAGAUUGGCAGAAGCAGCGCCGACAGUUGAUGGAAGCAUUUCUGCCUUUGUCUUCGUUGGCCCAGAUCAUGCCAACUUCAUUUGCCCGAGCAAAGGGCUGCGUUGCUAGACUAAUGGAGGCAGCUACCUCUGGCACUCCGGUUGACAUGAGUGACUUCUUGCUUCACGAAGCACAAGCCCAGCUCCAACUUGCGCUCUUAGGUUUGCCAGAGGACCUCAUGGAGAGUGUGAACGCUGAAAUACGCUCGACAUUCCAAGGGCAUCCGGGCACCAAUCGGCCAAAUGCCCUUGCACAAGCCAUGUCAAGAAUUUCAGUGAGCCUUCAUAAGCAAGACCUGACACUUCCAAGCUCUGGCUGCCCUGUAAAAGGGCCUCUGUCCGAAGCUUUGCGCACAGCAGAACUCCCGCCUGCCACCUUCUACGGAAACCUGUUGCUAAUUCUCUUUGCUGGACAUGACACGACUGGGCAUACCAUGACAUGGCUUUUAUUUGAGCUUGCCCGGCAUCCACGCAUCCAGACCCAACUGCAAGCAGAGGUUGACGGUUUUUGGGAAGACCUGGGCGGAAGAGAGCCUAUAUAUCAAGACCUCAGCCGGCUUGACCUGAUGGACAAGUGCGUCACUGAAACGCUACGUCUCUGGCCCGCUGUUGCAAAUGGAACAUUCCGAAGGCUACAGUCAAGGGAUACCGUGAAAGGUGCGGAUGGGCAGGAGGUGCACUUGCCAAAAGGCACGCUCAUCAACAUAGUGAACUGGUCAAGGCACCGGAAUCCAGAUGUCUGGGGACAAGAUGCCAAUGAAUUCAACCCCUUCCGAGACUUCACUUCUUGUGAACUGGCACAUGUUGGCUGUCCCAUGGCUGCUGUAAACCCUCAGUCCAUGCGGUUCUCGCCCUUCGCGCACUCACCUCGCAGUUGCUUGGGGCGAAACUUUGCGCAGAUGGAGAUGCGGAUUAUUAUGUUGAGCCUGCUGCGGAAUUUCACCUUCAGCCUGGCGCCCCCCUACGACCAGAUCAGUGCUUCAGAGACUGGCGCCACAACGGCUACGAAAUUUUUUGGGGUGAACCGCUUCACCAUGGGGCCAGCUGAUAUGGAACGCGAAGGCGAAGCUAUUUGGGGCAAGCGGCCCCUCAUCGGGUUGAAGAUGCAAGUUACGCGUCGAUGA